UUGUUUGUUGCAAAGAAGGUUUGCGAAAGCCAGACAAACGAGAUUAUAAAACAAUUAAUCCAAGAUCGGAGACCAGAACAGAUUGUAAAGCAAGGCUGGGACUUAAAAACAUGUGUGGAAAAUUGAUAGUGCAUGAUUUUGAGGAGGAACACAACCAUAUUUUACAUAUACAAGAAACAACUCAUAUGUUGUCAUCUCAACAAAAACUUUCAGAAGCUCAAUGUCAGCAAAUUGAUCUAGCAGAUGAUGCUGGCUUACAACAAAGAAAAUCAUUUGAUUUGAUGAGUAAAGAAGUGGGAGGAAGAACUAACUUGGGAUAUACUCGCCUUGAUCAAAAGAACUAUCUCCGAAAAAGAAGGCAAAGGAGCUUGGUACACGGGGAAGCUGGUUAUCUUUUGCAAUACUUUCAAAGAAAGUUGGUUGAAAGUCCACCUUUCUAUCAUGCCUAUCAACUAGAUGUCGAAGAUCAAAUUACUAAUGUCUUCUGGGCAGAUGCGGGGAUGCUAAUUGAUUAUGGAUAUUUUGGUGACGUGCUUUCUCUUGAUUCAACAUAUUGCACAAAUAGUUCGCAUAGACCACUAGCAGUGUUCUCAGGAUUUAACCACCAUCGAAGAGCAGUGAUUUUUGGGGCUGCACUAUUAUAUGAUGAAACAACAGAGUCAUAUAAGUGGCUUUUUGAAACAUUUCUGGAGGCACACAAACAAAAAAGACCCCAAACAAUUUUUACUGAUCAAGACCAGGCAAUGGCAAAAGCACUAGUUGAGGUUAUUCCUGAAACUUACCAUGGCUUAUGUACAUGGCACUUGAUGCAGAAUGGCAUCAAGCACUUAGGCAAUUUAAUGAAGGGGGAAUCACAUUUUCUUAGUGACUUUAAGAAAUGCAUGUAUGGCUAUGAUGAUGAAGAACAAUUUGAGGAAGGUUGGAGAAACCUCCUUGAAAAGUUUGAUGUUAAGGAAAACACUUGGUUGCAAAGAGUGUAUUCUGUGAGGGAAAAAUGGGCAUCUUGUUACCUGAAGAAGGCUUUCACAUUGGGAAUGCGAAGCACCCAACUUAGUGAAAGUGUGAAUGCUGAUAUUAAAAGUUUUAUCAAUGUGAAUUUGGAUCUUAUCAAGUUUUUUAAUCGUUUUGAGGAUGUUGUAGAAGAAAAACGGUAUAAUGAAUUGAAGUGUGAAUAUGAAGCACGUCAAAAAAUUCCAAGACUCAAGAACCCAUAUUCUGAUAUCUUGAAACAAGUGUCUGAGCUUUAUACUCCUACU